CGCAAGUGUUGCGUUAGUUUGCGGAAUACCUUCGGACGGCGCGGUUCGCGAAUCUGAAACGUCUCCGGGCUUCGAAUCCGUGAUCUGAAAGUGUGAGUGCGAAAGGACAAACGGAAGACAGGCAGACAGGCAGGCGUUUUCCGGUUUUCCGGUCACUUGGCUUUCUAGUUGGUUGGUUUGGAUGCGCGGUGUGCCUCCAGUCGGUGGGUGGAUGAAGAUCCCAAAGGCCCAAUCGGUGUAAUUGUCGCUUGAAUACUGCGACCAAAGGCGGUGACGACGGAGGUGGCGGUCGUUGAGAUCGUUUGUUCGUUCGGUCGUUUAACCGGGGUGUGAAGUGCGUCUAGUUUGCUUUUGACAUCGCGUGAGAGGAGUGGGGCUUUUGGGUGGUUUGGGAUUUCCCAGAUGGUUGUUCAUUAGGGGUUGAUGUUGAUGUUGGGAAGUAUCAAACAGUGCAAGUGGAACGGUACCGACGCCCGCUAACGAAUGCUGAUUUCCUGAUUGUUUCGCCCGGAAUAUGAGAUGUUGUUUCCGGCUGUGUAUGUGUAUCUAUGUCUUCUAUUGGAUGAAUUAAUUCAGUGAUUCGAACGUGAUUAUUUCUAGUCUGGAAAAGUUCACACGCCGUGUUUUUCCUGGGAGGAGAAGUGUUGGAAAAACAAAAUCAUUCUCUUAAGCCUCAAGUUACGAGUUAAGCCUCGCUAGCCUUGUUCUUCGAUUGCCGGAAAACGACGUGAUGAUAGUUUAUAAUACGGAUUAGGCGUUGGAACGAUAAGCCUCCGGGGGAGUGGAUGUGAGCUUCUAAGAAGAUGCAGAAAGAAAAGGAUACGUGAAAAAGCGAUUUUCCGGUGUCUGAAUAAGUAGCUCAAGAGAGUGUUGCUGGUGGUUCGUACGUGUGUCUGAAGCAUUACCGGAGGCGUCUUUCUGAAGAUCCAAAAGAAAGAAGUAAGGCAAUAGUCUUAAACUCCCUUUCGUCAGAUCAAAGAGCACAAAAGACAAGCAAAUCGCUCCUUGGCCUGUCGUCGUCGACGUCGGUACUUAGCUUGGAUUAACGCAGCACUAGCUGUAUCGUAGUGAGUGUUGGAGGAGGGGGCCCAGUUCUGUGUCAGUGAGUCGAGCUCCAGAGAAAGCUAAAAGUAAGAAGAAACAAAACACCCCCGGGAGGCAUUCCGGCUGGCUCGUUUCGUCGUCGUCGUUUUCGGAAUACACACGGAUUCUGGCAGAAGUGGGUUGGCAGUGAAAAGGCGUCCUUGGCUGCUCGUGCUUCCGUACUUUAUUUGAGUGGACGACAGCCCGGGACCCGUAAGUGGUUCGCCGAAAACAGACAAAAAAACAGAGGGAGAACCCGUUCAGGAUAAUCGUAAAAACUCGUAAGCAGCAUCCCACCGAGGGCGCACCCAGAACCAGGGCAAAAAGUCCAUUUGGAGCGCGAUGGCCGAUAAAGAUAAAUGGAUCUUUAUUAACGCAAUAAUUGUGCUGCUGCUGUGCGUUCACAUCUGCGAUGCAGCGCCCGGGUUGCGAAACCUGGCCCUGGUUAUAAAACCGCCCUGGGUCCGGCGGGGUCAGGAAGCACAGCUGUACUGCCAGUACGAGAUGGAAAAUGCCCCACUGUACUCGGUCAAGUGGUACCGGGGCACGCUGGAGUUCUAUCGGUUCUCACCGUCCGAAAAUCCACCGGGGAAAAUUUUCCCUUUCACCGGGAUCAAGGUUGAUAUGACAGUUUCCAAUGCAACGCACGUCACCCUGCGGAAUGUAGGCUUCAAUCUGUCCGGCAACUUUACCUGCGAAGUGACGGCGGACGCUCCUUCCUUCUACACCGGCGUGGCCACCAACGUCCUCACGGUUGUCGAACUUCCGCACUCGCCGCCGACCCUGUGGACCGAGCACACCAAGUACGACCCGGGGGACAUCCUGCGGGCCAACUGUUCGACACCGCCCUCGAAGCCCGGGGCCAGCAUCACUUUCCUGCUGAACACUAUGACGGUUGAAACUGAGCUAACGGUUCUGCAUCCUACGAACGACAAUCUGCAUUGGGCGUCAAAGAAUCUCAAAAUACAGCUCCUUCCCUCGCAUUACUCAACAGGACAGCUAAUACUGCGAUGCUUGGCCGAAGUCGGAACCGUCUACUCAGAAGUAUCCCAAGCCCCUCUGGAAAGCAGUCGAAAAGAGCCCAUACCAGAACGAGUGACAUCCCCAAACGGAUCGCACCGCUUGGCCCCAGUGGUAUCCCCAUGGUUGAGCUCGCUCCUGGCGUUCCUGGUAGCGACAGUGGCCCUACACCUGCAUCACCAACCGCACCGAUUGCGGACCACCUCGAGAUAGUUCACUGCCACCUUCAGCUUCGAGGAAACAAUGCAACAAAGGAAUGUCUAAUCCGGGUGGACGGAAAACGUGUUGUUCUGUAGUUUGAGGUGAAGUUCGGGCACUAACUUUUGGGAAAAAGGAGGCAAUGAUUCCAAAGCUAUUAUCUACAGAUGUUCAAAUAAAAAAAAACUUUGUGAAAUGUUCCCUAGAAUCUUAUUUUCAACUUUGAUAAAAACACUAAUUUACAAUUAUUUGGAAAAUCUUUCCGUAGACAAGUGUUGCCAGGCGAGCAGCAUUUUUUUGCUAUAAUAUUAGACGUUUUCGAAUGAUUUUUUCAAAUAUAAGAAAAGCAUCAAACUUUUCUGCAGUCCCGAAGAUGCAAGGUUGUAAAGAGCUGUAAUUGUAUUGAAAUAGCGAUUAGGCAAAAUAAAAAUCGCAUGAAAAAAGUCCCACAUGAUCCGUAAAUGUGCAAAGAGACUUCUGUGAACGUGAUUUGUUGUGAAUAUUUAGAUGUUUCGUACUCGAGGUUAAUAAAAUGAUGCAAAUGAAUGUUUGUACGGUUGAGUGAGGGAGUGUUUGAUAACUAAUGUAAUCAAUGUAAUGUAAAAGAUUACUCCUCAAUGUAAGAGUGAUUGGAGAUGACAUGUUUUAUGUAAUAAGGGUGUUCACCAUCUUUCCUAAAAGUCGAAAUAUAGAGACAUCCAUGAAACCAGAACAAAAAUCUCCUUAAAUGUAGUGCGAGGAUUCAAAAUAAAAUACUUGUGUUGCGAUUAUGAAUGACCGUUAAACUCUUUACACAUGUUUCAACUUGAAUAACUGUUCUCUGGGGUCGAAGUUCUCAAAUAGUUCAUGCUGUAGAUCCAACUUUUUAAUCUUUCAAUACAGCGAAUAGACAUCGCAGUUUGAUAUCAAAUUCGUGUGACAAAUCAAACAGAAACGGUAACGUUAAUUGACAGUGGUAAAUAAUAAACUCACCUAGAUUUUUUUUUCACCACUGAUUGAGGUGUACGUCAUUUAAUGACACCUAUCCUGGUUUGAAUCCUUACAGAACUUUUAACAAGAUUUUCAUUUCUAACAUGGAUGUCUGUUCUCUAUAUGAGAGCAAUGAAACAAAGAAAAUGUCACUGGUGAUCAGUUUCAUCGACAAAAGGUCUGAAAAGAGCUCCGGAUGAGUACGAGUUGAGAAAUAAAAGGGCAAAAAUGCUACCGUAAUUAAAAAUUCCAGUAAAGGGACUCGUCAUAAAUAAAUGAAGUGCAAAAUAUGUGCUCCCACGUGGAUUGUUUGACACGUGAAAACGUUACAAGCGAAUGCUAUGGCAUUUUUUCCGAUAGGGAUUGCGCAGGAAAAUCCGUAUUUAAAGCAUUGAUUGGCUGAAAGGGAUGUGGAUGCACGUGAGGAUAUGUGUCAAUAAAUAUGAUUGAACUGAAUGAAACUGAUGCACCACUAUGUCAACGUGUUGCGGGGAGCUGAAUGAUGUAUUUAACGUUGUGUAAAACUAUAUGUAAAAGCGGUAAAUUUAUUUUGAUAACAUGAAAUGGAUUUCUGGGAGCGACAGAACAAAGAGACGGAUUCAUAAAAGAGAUCUGAAUCAGUUACACUAUUGGCAUCAUUUUGAAAGUGAAAGCCGUUUCUGCUUCAUCCACACAUGAUUGAAAUGACAAUGAUAAUAGAGCGUCAAAAUGAGUAAAUCAAUGUUGAAAAUAGUCAGUUUGAAAUUCCGGAGAAACUAGCGCAAAAACGUCACAAAACCUUAACUAAUGAGAUUAAAUACAUAAAUGUGAGAUUUCUUGUAGCAAAUCAAAAAGUAAAACCCGGAAUCAAACGUACGAUAAGCAAAACGGAUAGAGAAAAACAGUAACACAAAAUAACUAACUGUCCAGCUAAGAAGUUGUAAAUAUAUAUCCCAACAAUAAUCGAUUUUUUUUUUUUUGCUGCGAAUUCAGACCGAACAACAUUUACCAAAGACAAAGAAGGCCACGAGGCCGAUGAUGAAUAAAUCGCUAAAAUGCUGAGAAAAUUCCGAUAA